GGUAGAUUUGAUUAGGGAUUCAAAUUAACGUCUUUCAGACCGAUCUUUUUGUUCAAGUCACUUAAUGAAUCCUUUGAUUCUACUUGUUUUCUCUCUCCAGCUUCUCUCCCUCCUUCAUUCCAAGUCUCAAGGGAUUCGCUUGGAGGAAGGGGUUUCAACGGAAACGCAAAAUAAACAUCGAGCACAGGAUUUAUGGGGAAAAACCAAUAAUGGAGACUGUGAUGAUGAGGAAGCUAAUCUCUGCAAGGAAGUACGGAACUAUAAUAGUACACCAGGAAAAAAGGCAAAGAAUAAGAAAUUACUUGUUUCUACAUCCAUUAUUUCCAGCACCGAUACCAUAAGGAAGAAAGCGAAUGUGAUUGAGCAUGGUGAAAAUAUAAAAGAAGAUAUGGAAGGAGAGGACACAAAAGUGAAUUGGGUGGCCACUAAUUCUUCAAAACACCAAGAAAAGGUCAACAAUGAAGAACUUGUAGACAUAACUGAGAUGGACUAUACUGCAGUGAAAAAAAAGCCACCAAUACACAACUAGACUCUAGCUAUGAGCAAUAGA